AAUAAAAACAGCCUCCAAUGCUAAAACCCCAUUCUCCUCCUUCGAAAAUAAAACCUCAUAUUUUUAAAAUUCGAAACCCUAAAUUCCCGACUCCUCCCAACCCAUUCGGUUCACUCCCUGCAACAUCGAAGAGUAAAGAAUGGGAGACAAAAAGAAGAAGGCUCAGAUGUUUGUAAAGCUAGUGUCUGCUGCUGGGACUGGAUUUUUCUAUGUUAAGAGGAAGCCAAGGCAGUUCACAGAGAAGCUUGAGUUCCGAAAAUAUGAUCCUAGGGUUAAUCGUCACGUUCUGUUUACAGAGGCUAAAAUGAAAUGAUAUUGUACCUUUCAUGGCUGCCUUUGCAUUGUAACUGGAUCAAUCUUGUAUUUCUCCUUGAGACAAUUAUCUCAUUUGGUAUUAGAUUUUGAAUCAUGCCAAUCUUUUUACUGUC